AUGGGUGCUGUGGAGAAAGAGUUAGAAAUGAGAGGUGAACAAAUGAGAGAGAUGAAAGAGUCUGAGAGUUGUGAGAUCAAGAUUAGAGAAUUAGAAUCACAAUAUGGAGAGCAGAUAAGAGAGACCCAAAUGGAGUUUGAGCUCAAGUGGACUGGCUGUGGAUCUGUUACCACAACCACAGGAGAGACGAUUCUAUACUCCGGUAGGAAAGAUAACAAACAUCAACAAGGUGUUGCUAUAAUCAUGAACAGAGAAGCCAGCCAAGCACUCAUCGAAUGGUCACCAGUAGAUGAAAGAUUGAUUGUGGCAAGAUUCCAUUCUAAAUAUGCAAAAAUGACUUUGAUACAGUGCUAUGCACCCACUAAUGAUGCCGAAGAUGACUCAAAAACAACAUUCUAUGAGAAAUUACAAAGCACUGUGAGUAAAACACCACGGCAUGACAUACUUAUUGUCCUUGGAGAUUUGAAUGCUAAAGUUGGUAAUGACAACGAGGGGAAAAAAAGGAUUAUGGGCAAACAUGGAGUUGGUACUAUCAAUGAAAAUGGAGAAUUGCUAACAGAAUUUUGUGGUGUCAAUGACCUAAUCAUAGGAGGUACACUGUUCCAGCACAAAGAUAUACACAAAAUCACAUGGAACUCCCCAAACGGUCGAGACAAAAAUCAAAUAGACCACUUGAUAAAUGGGCGUUGGAAAAACUCACUGUCCGAUGUAAGAGUAAUGAGGGGAGCAGACUGUGCUAGUGACCACCCUCUAGUCAAAUUAACCUUAAAUUAA